UACCAGUAAUGAGAUUAGGAGAACUAGAAAGAUAGCAAUCAACGCAACAAUUCACCCUGACUUGCUCUCCUGUUUGAAAAGAAUGAUUACCCUUGAAGAGAUAAGAACAGGUAGAAAAGGUGGAGGCAACAAUGAUGAUGUUCGUGGGCAAACCAGCACAUUUGUGAAGCCUGACCCAACUCGGCAAAAUAAGAAUUGGGUGGACGAAUUAAUCGUUCAAAAAGAUGCCAAUCGAGAAUAUCUAAGCAGAAAACAAGAACUUGAUAAGCAUGUUCUAUUUUGUGGUCCACCCGGCACCGGAAAAAGUUUUUUCGCCGAAGAUAUUGAAAAACAACAAAAAGUUUUCAAAGAGGCGAAAGAAUUAUUGAAAUUAAACGAGGCUCUGGGAGAAACUAAACCAAUCGCAAUUAUUAUUGAGGAAAUUGACUCAGUGGGAACCAAAGACCUUACUGGCGUCAAUAGUUCAUCGAAAGUCGAAGUAGACGGUUUGUUAAAGAUUUUUGACGAAAUAAAUCGCGAAAACUUAAACAUUAUUGUAAUUGGCACUACUAAUAACCCGGAAGUCCUAAAUGAAGGUUUGGUGCGACCUGGUCGGUUAGGUCGUCGAAUUUACGUUAACUAUCCCACUAAGGAAGAAACCAAAAAAAUGGUGGACUACCUUCAAAAAGCAAUUACGGAGACUUUGGCAAUUAAAGUUAAGGAAAAUGAUUCUAAAAUUAUGCUUGAUUCUCAGAUUUUCAAAGAAGAUUUGCGGAAAAUUCUCCAAAAUCGAGUUGAUGACCGAGAAAAUAAUGCACAGGAUAAGUAUAGCAAAUUACUCAGAGAAGGAGGAUUAUUUUUUUAUGGAACAACCAAAGGAAGUUUUAUCUUGCCUCCUGCUGGUUAUGCCCUGUGGAAAAAUAUCCAAAGCGUCUUGGAUAAAAAAUUUGCUGCUCGGGGCGUUCAAAAUGUUCUUUUGCCAACUCUUAUUCCGCUUGAUUUACUAGAAAAAGAAAAAAAGCAUAUCGCCGGGUUUAGCCCGGAAUGCUUUUAUAUUGAAAAAAUUG